GUCCCAUCUUCCUCGCUCUCAUUCCCCAACCUUGCAUUAAUCUUGGCCUUUUCGGUGACUGCGAUGUCAACGUAAAACCAGGCCAGCUUCCCAGUUUUGCCCAACCCGUCUUUCAUCUUGAUUAUCUAUAAACUCGCUUUCCCCCCGUUCCUCUGUACCGCUAUAAGUUUCGUCUAUGUCACGGCCCCGGGACUUGGACGAAGAUACCGACAUGGCCAUUUCGUAUACAAGCAUGGCACCGGCUGGUAACCCUCAAACGCUCCCGUCAUUUCGCGAGCUCCUUCCGCCCCACCUCCACGAUGAGAUCGAUUCCUCCGCAUCAUACUAUAACUCCCGUCACCAGUCGCAGGAGCGCCCUUCCUCCGGCCAUGAAAUGGCAGCCGAUCCCAGAUCAAUUCCCGGGUACUCUCCCAAUGCUUCUUCGAAACACCCCUACGGCGACCAUGCUCGUGAAUACACAACGCGCACAGGCGAACAUUCACCCCGACCGAUGAGCGAUCACCUAUCCGUGAGACUCGGUGACCAUGCCUCGCGAGGCCAAAGCCCGAUUCUUCCGCCCAUACGGGACCUUCAACCGAUGCCAGACAGGAAAGGAUAUCCCGACAGCAGAAUGGUCGCCCCACGUUCCGACCCCUUUACACAAGAAUAUCGGUCCGGCCAGCCAGGCCCAAUGCCGGGAGCGAUGGCUGAUCGACGAAACGCGGAACCUUAUACAGCACCAAUAAUGCACGCCCAACCACCAUAUGGACAUCCAGGGAUGCCUUACCCUGGUGACCCUGAGCAGAUCUCGCCGAGUAUGAUGACGCACUCGCAGCAGGCUAAUUUCGGUAUCAUGGGCGACCCGAUUGAUCCUAAGACGAAGCGCCGACGGGGUAAUUUACCCAAACCGGUAACAGAUAUCUUGCGGGCCUGGUUUCACGAACAUCUAGACCACCCGUAUCCUAGCGAAGAGGAUAAACAGAUGUUCAUGACUAGGACCGGCCUGUCAAUUAGUCAGAUCAGCAAUUGGUUUAUCAACGCAAGGCGGCGACAACUUCCAGCACUCAGAAAUCAGAUGCGAAGCAGUGGAGGCGACGCCGAUUCUUCAAGACACUCUCCAUUUAGCGACAUUGACCAAGAGCCUUUGCCCUCCCAUCAUUAAACUUUGAGUUGGUUGAACGGUGCAUACUCGAGUCGUAAUGGGUUUGUUCACGCCAACACUUGAACCAUUUAUCUUUUUUACUGGCGUUCAGGACCUUGGUAUCGGUUCACUCAUCUAUUGAUCACGGCCUCAAUUUUUCCUUUCCUCGCAUACAUAUCCACUUAUCACGGCAUCGCAACUUGAAGCGUUCAUUCGGCUGACGACCUGGAAGUCAUUCCUCCCCACUUUUUCUGGUCCAUCUUCAUUUUACUUUCAAGUUCGAUUACUUUAACGAUUUACGGGGCUUGGUAUACGGCAAACGGGGAUAGACUGGCAUCUCGUUUUUGUUUCAUUUUCACAUUUUCCUUUCUCUUAAUGUCUUCCUCGAUACGUUUUAAGAUUGUUUUACAUUGUUUCACAUUAUUUCUGGCUCCUUUAUAUAGGAUUUUCUACCCCGUACACAGGCAGGGGAGAGGGUCCUUUCAGAUCUCCUGUUUUUGAUACCCUAUGUUUACUUUGUAUGUUAUUUACCAGACAGGCUUGGGGACGAAGAAAUAGGUACUUGGAUUUCGAUAGAAAAGGGAUAUUUCAUCAUCAGAUGGGGCUUUGUCACUUCGCAAUCUUUUCUCUAGCUAGCUGCCUAGACUUGGAGGGAAAUCAUGA